AUGUCGGGCGGCCGCUCUCCAGGGCAUCGGCCUGUCCCUCCCACUCGCAGAUGCAAAGCGCGGGUGAAGGGAUUUCUCAAGGUCACUCCGCCGGUUGUGGGGGCGCGGAGGGGUCGCCAGGUUGGAGUGCGAGUCCUUAGCCUGGGGCUUCCAGAACCAGGAAACCCCAGGCGUCCGGAGCCUUGCCUUCUUCGGAAGACCAACGGUUACAGCUCCUUCCCUGCAACACGGCCUGUGGGUGCCUCUGUCCCCCGGGGGUUGCUGUUCUCUCAGCAGCCUGUGGGUGCCUCUGUCCUCUGGGGUCCCCCAUUCCCUCAGCGGCCUGUGGCUGCCUCCGUCCCCUGGGGUCCCCCAUUCCCUCAGUGGCCUGUGGGUGCCUCCGUCCCCUGGGGUCCCCCAUUCCCUCAGCGGCCUAUGGGUGCCUCCGUCCCCUGGGGUCCCCCAUUCCCUCAGCAGCCUGUAGGUACCUCUGUCCCCCGGGGGUUGCUGUUCUCUCAGCGGCCUGUGGGUGCCUCCGUCCCCUGGGGUCCCCCAUUCCCUCAGUGGCCUGUGGAUGCCUCCGUCCCCUGGGGUCCCCCAUUCCCUCAGCGGCCUGUGGGUGCCUCCGUCCCCUGGGGUCCCCAUUCCCUCAGCAGCCUGUGGGUUCCUCCGUCCCCUGGGGUCCCCCAUUCCCUCAGUGGCCUGUGGAUGCCUCCGUCCCCUGGGGUCCCCCAUUCCCUCAGCGGCCUGUGGCUGCCUCCGUCCCCUGGGGUCUCCAUUCCCUCAGCGGCCUGUGGCUGCCUCCGUCCCCUGGGGUCCCCCAUUCCCUCAGCGGCCUGUGGGUGCCUCCGUCCCCUGGGGUCCCCAUUCCCUCAGCGGCCUGUGGGUGCUUCCGUCCCCUGGGGUCCCCCAUUCCCUCAGCGGCCUGUGGCUGCCUCUGUCCCCCGGGGGUUGCUGUUCUCUCAGCGGCCUGUGGAUGCCUCCGUCCCCUGGGGUCCCCCAUUCCCUCAGCGGCCUGUGGGUGCCUCCGUCCCCUGGGGUCCCCAUUCCCUCAGCAGCCUGUGGGUUCCUCCGUCCCCUGGGGUCCCCCAUUCCCUCAGUGGCCUGUGGAUGCCUCCGUCCCCUGGGGUCCCCCAUUCCCUCAGCGGCCUGUGGGUGCCUCCAUCCCCUGGGGUCCCCAUUCCCUCAGCAGCCUGUGGGUGCCUCCAUCCCCUGGAGUUGCCCAUUCCCUCAGUGGCUUCCCCAGGUCACCAUUUCCUCAGCAGCCUGUGGGACCCUCUGUUCCCCAGGGGUCGCCUGUUCCCUCAGCAGCCUGUGGGACCCUCUGUUCCCCAGGGGUCACCUGUUCCCUCAGCAGCCUGUGGGACCCUCUGA